GGUAGAUCCCUGAGGAGUCGGCGGACGGCAGAGAUCAACAUGGCAGACGGACCCGAGAGUGUCGCUGCGAUCAAGGAGAGGGCGGCUAUCAAGGCAGCCAUCAAGAGGGAGUACCAAAAACAGGUGCUCAACCCGUACCGCCACGGGUCGGGGGAGGGAGGCGCCCUGUUUGACCCAGCCCUGCAGCGGUUCAUGUCCAUGCGAGCCACACAAUAUGACUUCUUCCGGCCAACCCCCAAGACUUCACUCAUCGGCACCUUCCUGAUCGUUGUGCCCAUCAUUGGCUAUGGCUUGCUGCUGAAGAGGGACAAGGAUCAGUUUGAGAAGAAGAUCAGGACUGGCCAGGUGGCGUAUGCUGACCGUGAAUUCAAGUUCUAUUAAGGGAGUGUGAGGGUGUACCUUGUUUACAUUGAGAAAAUAUAAACAUCACCUUUUUCUUAUGUUAACAGGAAAAUUGUACAGUAUAUUAUGUAUUAAUAAAUUAUAGAUUUCA